AUAUGGCGCAGUGGGAUAUUACAUUAGCCGGGGUACAGCCCUACAGACUAUGGGUACAGCUCGAAAGGGACCCUGGUGACUUCGGAAGCUGUCGAGGUGUCGCACAGUUUGUGGUUCGGCGUUGACAUCGCGGUGCUCGGCUAUCUGACGUGAAGCUGGUCGGCAGAUCCAGACCUCAGAGUUGGUGUAAAUUGAGCGCAGGUCAGAGUGGAAGUGAGGAGGAAACAGACUCCGACACAUAUAGGACGACCGGGUCUUUAAUGAGCGUCUGUUCACAUCCUGGAGCAGCGCUGGGUACAAUGAUGCAGCGGCAGCAACUCGCCUAGACAAUGAACGGAGCAGAAAACAUGAAUCGAUGAUGUUAUGUCUCUGCCUCGAUGCAUCGUCGUCCACAGGCAACCUCUCCACCAAGGCUUCCUGCUCUGCUGCGCCCCGCCCGCCCACAUGGCUGACAUGGGCUUCCAUAGACUUCCGACCCUUGGUGCCAUGUGAGAAGGUAAACUUAGGACGUCACCACACGCGGGCGUGUUUAUGUCCCUGUAUCAUGUGAUCUGGGACAACUACUCACUUCCUGUUUGUACCGGACUCCAGCUGCAGACACAAGCCCGUCUCAGCAGCUCUGACAGGUACAGCCGCGAGCACAUGAGUAGCCUUGUGGUCAGCAGGAGGCAGAAAUCAGAGAGUGAUGGAGAGCGGAGUCUCAUUGAGGACUCAGCCACCAGUGGGGAUCGUCUCUUGGACCAACAUGCAUCCACACCGGGGUUCGUCUACGUGUUGGCCUUCUUCUCUGCCCUUGGAGGAUUCCUUUUUGGGUACGACACCGGGGUGGUUUCUGGGGCCAUGCUGCUCUUGAAGAAGGAGAUGAACCUGAGCGCCCUCUGGCAGGAGUUGCUGAUUUCCAGUACCGUGGGGGCCGCAGCAGUGUCCGCCCUAUGCGGUGGCUUCCUGAACGGCUGGCUGGGCCGUAAGGUUUGCAUCCUGAUGUCCAGUUUCAUCUUCACCAUCGGCGGCAUCAUCUUGAGCUUUGCCCCAGACAAGGUGGUUCUGCUUGUGGGCAGAAUCACUGUUGGUUUGGGCAUAGGAAUUGCUUCUAUGACAGUACCUGUGUACAUAGCUGAAGUUUCCCCUCCACACCUGAGAGGUCAGCUGGUCACCAUCAACUCCCUCUUCAUCACUGGUGGCCAGUUCAUUGCCAGCGUGGUGGAUGGAGCUUUCAGCUACCUGAGCCAUGAUGGCUGGAGGUACAUGUUGGGUCUGUCCAUUGUUCCAGCAGUGCUGCAGUUCGUCGGCUUCUUCUUCCUCCCAGAGAGCCCUCGAUGGCUUCUCCAAAAGGGCCGGAGCCAGGAGGCUCUUCAAGCUCUGAGUAAGAUAAGAGGAGGCCAGAACGUUGAGGAAGAGUACGACACCAUCAGAACAAGCAUCGAGGAAGAGGAGAAAGAGGCGAAUGGAGGAGGUCUUGUUAUUUUGCGGAUCAUUAGCCACGGUCCGACUCGCAGGGCUCUCUUCGUUGGCUGUGGCCUCCAGAUGUUUCAGCAGCUGUCUGGGAUUAACACUGUCAUGUACUAUAGUGCAACCAUUCUGCAGAUGGGGGGGGUGCGGGACGACAAACAGGCGAUCUGGUUAGCUGCUGCUACGUCUGCUACCAACUUCGUGUUCACACUGCUUGGAGUCUGGCUUGUAGAGCGAGUUGGUCGCCGGAAGCUGACCCUGGGCAGUCUUUUAGGUACUGGUCUGAGUCUCACUGUGUUGGCAGUUGGGUUCUUGCUAUCUGCCCAGAACUCCCCGCCCGUCACCCUGCACCCAGCUGAAGCUCAGAACUCCAGCUGCAGAAAAUAUGGGUUCUGUGAAUUCUGCAUGUUGGAUCCCAGCUGUGGAUUUUGUUACCGUGACAAUGGAACCGACGUGUACAACUUCUCCUGCAUUCCUGUCAACCAAGCAUCCACAGAUCAUGCAGCGUGGGGAAGUUGUUCCAACCAGACGGGGGCAAAUGACAGUUCACUAUGGGCGUACAACUACUGUCCCACAUCCUACUCCUGGAUCGUCCUGUUGGGGCUCAUUCUCUACCUUGCGUUCUUUGCACCAGGUAUGGGCCCGAUGCCUUGGACAGUGAACUCUGAGAUCUACCCACUGUGGGCCCGCAGCACCGGGAAUGCCUGUUCAGCUGGGGUCAACUGGAUCUUUAACGUACUGGUGUCCCUGACCUUCCUUCAUGUCGCUCAGUUUCUAACCUAUUAUGGGGCAUUCUUUCUGUACACAGGCCUGGUGGUGCUGGGGCUCCUCUUCGUUCAGGGCUUCCUCCCGGAGACCCAGGGUCGGCAGCUGGAGGACAUUGAGAACUUGUUCACCGGUCCGCUCUGCUCCUGUGGAGACUCCUCUCACAGCGGUAGUCGCCAAGUCCAGUACAUCCGGCAAGGUUCGGAAAGCAGCUCGGCACAGUAUGGAGCAGUGGGGUCAGACAGUGCCAUAGCCUAUAUAACUGUGAGUACUGCAUCAAAGUGCUGAGCGCACAAUAAACUUUGCUCAAUGUUUACUGUAAUGUUCAAUCUCUUGUUUCCGCAGCUGAGAUAAUGGUAACGAAGUAGCCCUGAACAACACAAUACAGGGAACGCCUUUGCACUCAACGUCCGCUUAACACUUGGAUAUUUAUUAGCAUUUAAUAUUAUUUCUUAUGAUUUUGCUGCAGUCUUUUUUUGUUACAGUGCAAGAUAGAAGUUGCCUUGUCUGUACGACUUGUAAUAUUCCUUUUAAAUGUUUAAUUGAAGUUUGUAAUCUAAUACUGGAUUUCAGCAAACCUCUGGAAAUGUGAAACCACAAAUGGGAACAAAAGAUAUCCAGUGUUUAUAACUGCAUAUUUUGUGGUAUUGAUUUAAUGCGUUGCCAUGUUGUUCUGUCUGCUAUAAAAACUAAUUUGUAAUGAGAUAACAGUGACAGGACCCAGCUGCCAAUUGUACAUGGUUACCCUCUUCUGUGAGAUAUUGAUAAGGAAAGAAUAUUUUUGCAGUGUGAAAAUGCACAAGUAUACAUAUGGUGACAAUCCUUUUAAAUGGUGACACUUUCAUUUGGUACAACCGACUCAGUCCACCCGAAGGGGAACAGCCAUGUUAAGAAUAUCAAUGUUAGUGUGUAGGUUUAAAUGCAAAUAACAGGUGAGUGCAUUUCAUUCUGGUACUGUGUCAUUCUAAUCUUGUUCAUGUUUUCAUGCUGUGUAUGAAAUACAAUUCCAUGUGUCUUUGAUCAUGCUUUUUCCAUCAUGUGAUGUUUGGGAAUUAAACACACAACAUGAUUGUAACAA